AAAAAAUUUAAAGAGAGUCUAAAGAGUGUUUUUACAACCGACUUGAGUUGAAGAAGCCAAUUAAGUAGUAAUCAGCUUCUUUCUCUACGCUCCCAACUUUCCCCUCACAAUUGCACUUCAAAUCCAUUUUCUUCAUUCUUUAUACAUCUCAUCUCUAAACACCAUAAAGAACUCAAAACUGAACCAUAAUCAAGAAAAUAAGGCUUUCAAAAUGGGAAUUUCAAAUCCAAAUAGAGACCAAUCACUUACCAAGAAACUUUUUUCUUUGUUUCUCUAUGCUCUUCUUCCUAUUUCUCUUCUUAGCUUAUACUUCUACCCUAUUCCCUUUCUUCCAUCUACACAAACUGAACUUCCUCAUUCCACCAUCAUCUCUCACUCUUCUGCUUCUUCAACACCCCCUUCUUUUACUUCUACACCUCCUUCUUCAGAAAAGGUAGAAACUUUGGACACCCCAUGUGACUAUUUCAAUGGAAAAUGGAUCCGUGACAGAAGAGGACCUUUAUACAAUGGAACAACAUGUGGAACAAUCAAAGAAGGUCAAAAUUGCAUCAAACAUGGAAGACCUGAUUCUGAUUACCUUAACUGGAGAUGGAAACCAAAUCAAUGCAAUCUUCCAAGGUUUGAACCAAACACUUUUCUUCAAAUCAUUACCAACAAGCACAUAGCUUUUGUUGGUGAUUCUAUGGCUAGGAACCAAUUAGAGUCACUUCUUUGUAUGUUAUCAACUGUUUCAACUCCUAAUCUUGUUUACACAAGUGGCGUUGACAACAAAUUUAGAAAGUGGAACUUUGUUUCUCACAAUGCAAGUGUGUCAGUGUAUUGGUCCCCUUUUCUUGUUCAAGGUGUUGAGAAAUCAAAUGAAGGGCCAAAUCAUAAUAAGUUGUAUUUGGAUCUUGUUGAUGAGAAAUGGGGAAAAGAGAUGGAAUUUAUGGAUUUUAUUGUGAUUUCAGUUGGUCAUUGGUUUUUGCAUCCUGCAGUUUACUAUGAGAAUGAUUCAGUUUUAGGGUGUCAUUACUGUCCUGGUUUUAAUCACACUGAAAUUGGGUUUUAUGAUGUUUUAAGGAAGGCUUUAAGAACUACCCUUAAUAGCAUAAUUGAUAGGAAAGGAAAUAGUAUUAAGGGUAGUAAUGGAGUUGAUGUAAUUGUGACAACAUUUUCACCUGCUCAUUUUGAAGGUGAAUGGGAUAAAGCUGGUGCUUGUCCUAAGACUAAGCCUUAUAGAAAUAGAGAAAAGGAACUUGAAGGAAUGGAUGAUGAGAUAAGAAAGAUUGAGAUUGAAGAAGUGGAAAGUGCUAAGGUGAAAAGUAGUGAAUUUGAGGGGAUUAUUAGGUUGGAGGCACUAGACAUAACUAAAUUAGCACUAUUGAGGCCAGAUGGUCAUCCAGGUCCUUAUAUGAAUCCUUUUCCUUUUGCUAAUGGGGUUCAAGAGCAUGUUCAGAAUGACUGUGUUCAUUGGUGUUUGCCCGGGCCUAUUGAUACUUGGAAUGAGAUUUUUUUAGAGAUUAUGAAGAAAUGGAAGGAGAAUCCAAGAAUUGAAGAGUGAGGUAUUUAGUAUUUAUCAUAUCUUGUCUGUUAAUUUGUUAUACCUUCAUAUUAUGGAUAUUGUAUUGAAAAAUAUCAGAUUUUGUUUUUGGUAGAAAGGAGAAGCAAUUUCAAUUGAGGAAUGAUUAGUUUUCUUUUUGGUAACUGAUUAGUUAUUGUGAAUUCAAUUUCUCUAACAGAAAAGGAAUUAUUGAUGAGGAAAUAUUGAGAGUGAGUUGUGACAAAUGUUGAGUACUUCCUUUGUUGGACUAAAAUACAUGUACUUUUUUUUUUCUUUUUUCUUUCUUAUAUUUAAGAGCAGUAAGGAGUACAAGUUAAAGACAAUAUUGUUUAUGGAAUGUGUGUAAAUUAAUGACAUUAGAUAUGUUGGAUGGUGAAUUUGAACAUGAAAUACCUUUUUUCUCCUUA